CAAUAUUUUGCAUUUAUAACAAAAUACAAUAGCCAAUAUCAAAAUGAACCAAUCACAAUGCCAUUCCAAUGGGCUUUAAGAGUUUUAAUUGAAUAUUUACGAAAAAACAAUAAAAUAGUACGAGUGCUAUCAAGAUAUUAAUCUAAAAUCGAGUCAAUAUGGUGGUAGCUGCUGUUGGGAUUGACCUUGGAACAACCUUCUCAUGCGUUGGAGUGUUUUUGCACGGCAAGGUUGAAAUCAUCGCUAACGACCAAGGUAACAGAACUACGCCAUCAUACGUCGCUUUCAAUGAUAGCGAAAGACUUAUUGGAGAUGCAGCCAAAAAUCAGAUUGCUAUGAACCCAAAAAAUACGAUAUUCGAUGCAAAACGUCUCAUUGGCAGAAAGUUUGACGAUCCUAAAAUCCAACAAGAUAUAAAACAUUGGCCAUUUGAGGUUAUUUCUGACCAUGGUAAACCAAAAAUUAAUGUUGAGUACAAAGGUGAAAAGCGCCAAUUUACUCCGGAAGAAAUUUCUUCUAUGGUUUUAACAAAGAUGAAAGAAAUUGCUGAAACCUUUCUUGGUGGUAUUGUUAAAGAUGCUGUAGUAACCGUUCCAGCAUAUUUUAAUGAUGCGCAACGUCAAGCGACAAAAGAUGCAGGUGCAAUUGCAGGCUUAAAUGUGUUGAGAAUAAUCAAUGAGCCGACCGCAGCCGCACUUGCUUAUGGACUAGAUAGAGACUUAACAGGAGAUAAAAAUGUUUUUAUAUUUGACCUAGGUGGCGGAACGUUUGAUGUGUCAAUUUUACAAAUAUCGGAGGGAUCAUUGUUUGAAGUAAGAUCAACAGCUGGUGAUACACAUUUAGGAGGCGAAGAUUUUGACAGUCGAAUGGUUGAGCAUUUUAGCCAAGAAUUCGAGAAAAAGUACAAGAGAGAUAUUAAAAAUAACCCAAAGGCUCUGAGAAGAUUACGAACGGCAUGCGAAAGGGCCAAACGAACGUUAUCAUCUAGUACAGAAGCCAGUAUAGAAAUUGAUGCUUUACACGAAGGUAUAGACUUUUAUUCUAAAAUAACGAGAGCGCGUUUCGAAGAGUUAUGUUCAGAUUUAUUUCGACAAACACUAACGCCAGUUGAUAGAGCUCUUAAAGAUGCUGGAUUGAAUAUAAGAGAAAUCAACGAUGUUGUGAUGGUAGGUGGGUCAACACGUAUUCCAAAAAUUCAAAGAUUAUUGCAGGAUUUCUUCAACGGAAAAGUAUUAAACCUCUCCAUUAAUCCUGAUGAAGCAGUGGCGUAUGGUGCUGCAGUGCAAGCCGCAAUCCUUUCCGGUUCUAAAGACACUCGAAUUCAGGACGUUUUACUUGUAGACAUUACUCCUUUAUCACUGGGAAUAGAAGCAGCUGGUGGUAUUAUGGUACGAUUGGUGGAGAGAAACACAAGGAUACCAAUUGCACAAAAAAGGAUCUUUACAACAUAUACGGAUAAUCAACCUGCAGUUACAAUUCAAGUUUACGAGGGAGAAAGAGCGAUGACGAAAGACAACAAUUUGCUUGGAACUUUUAAUUUGUCAGGAAUUCCUCCAACGCCGAGGGGUAUACCGCAAAUCGAAGUUACUUUUGACAUAGACGCCAACGGUAUUCUCAGUGUAAGUGCCCAAGACAAAAGUACAGGUAGAUCAGAACAAAUAACAAUUUCAAAUGAUAAAGGACGCCUCAAUAAGAAGGAAAUUGAAAAAAUGCUUCAAGAUGCUGAAAAGUUUAAAGCUGAAGAUGAAGCUGCAAGAAAGAAAGUCGAAUGUAGAAAUCGAUUAGAAGCAUACGCAUUUGGAUGCAAAACGGCUGCUGAAAACGCCGGUAACAGAUUAACAGACAGCGAACGUGACGUUGUCAUCGCGGAAUGCAACAAUCAAAUACGAUGGCUCGAAUCGAACCCUGAUGCAGGAUUAUCAGAUCUGGAACGCCACUUGCAAGCGGCUCAAAGCGUCUGCCAAUCAGCAAUGAUGAAACUCCACGGAGCUAGUGGUUCUAGCUAUACAAGACCAGUGAGUUCUGGUGGACCAAGGGUUGAAGAGAUUGAUUAAUCAUUCCAUACCUAUAUAAUCUUUGGAAUUAUAUAUCUGACACUUCCUACUAUUUAUUGUCCUAAAACACUAUAUUAUAAUUACACAAAGAUGCAAUAACAUAUCCCAUUCACAUGUGUAUACACAAAUCCAUAUAGCAGCAACGUAGGGGAAUAACAUUCUUCUCUUCCGAGAAGUACCUUAGGUCAGCAGUGGGACAUUUACAAGCUGUAAUUUUAUUUACCGACUUGGAUUCGAAACCCGAACCAAUAAUUAUGUUGGGGUAUUCCAUUAAGAAGUUAUGAGUAGAAGAGUUAAAGAGUCGGCGAUGUUACACUUCCAUACCGCAGAGUACUUAAAACCGUUGCUUCUGCACCUUAUUUCAUAAAAGGGACUGCCCGCAUUUGAACCCACGAUCGAUUAAGUUCAACAUAUUCCUACCGCUAGGAUUUUCGGCUUUUUUCAUAUUUUGUGUGAGUAGGGAAAUAAAUCACCAGAAUCUUUACUUUAAUGUUUUUAUUCCAAAAAUAUAACAAUAUGAUAGCAAUAUUAACUAUUUGGUGCUUAAAUCUAAUAAUUAAAAAUAUUUGUUCAAUAACAACAAUAUUUAUUAGCCACACACAUUUUACAAGCGGAAUGCUCCAAUUUGUUUUUUUUUCCAAUAA